UAUCAAAACUUUGUAUCCAUGAAUUGCUUCCAAGUGUUCAAAACAAACUUUUAUUUUUCUUCUUAUUUUACAAUCAAGCAUCGUUUGCUUGAUAGUAUAAAUAGUCAAAGAAGAACAGAGGAGUUACAUAGGGAAGAAAACGAAAACGAGAGAGGGAGAGAUUCAAUGGCAGAGAAAGAAGAGUAUGUGAAGCUUAUAGGGUCUUGGGCAAGCCCUUUUAGUCGCCGGGUGGAGAUGGCUCUCAAACUCAAAGGUGUUCCUUACGAUUACUCAGACGAAGAUUACUUGGUCACCAAGAGCCCUUUGCUUCUCCAGCUAAAUCCUAUUUACAAGAAGGUUCCAGUUUUUGUCCACAAAGGUAAAGUAUUGCUCGAGUCACAUCUAAUCCUUGAAUACAUCGACCAAACAUGGACAAGGAAUCCAAUUCUACCUCAAGAUCCAUACGGCAAAGCUAUGGCUCGAUUCUGGGCCAAAUUCGUUGAUGAACAGGUCACAUUAAUAGGCUUUAGGUCUCUAGUAAAAUCAGAGGAAAUUGAUGUUGCGAUCAAAGAGGCUCAGGAACUUAUAACAUAUCUUGAGAAGGAAAUCACUGGGAAAAUGUUCUUCGGCGGGGAGACAAUAGGAUUCUUGGACAUUGUCGUGGGAAGUAUGAUCCCGUUUUGUCUGGUUCGGGGUUGGGAAGGUAUGGGAAUUGAUAUGAUUCCAAAGGAGAAGUUUCCAGAACUAAACAGAUGGAUAGAAAAAAUUAAAGAAAUUGAGAUCGUGAGGGAAUGUAUUCCCAAUAGGGAGAAAAAUAUUGAGCACAUGAUGAAAAUUGUAGGGCGUAUAAAAGCUGCUUCGAAGACGGCAUGACGCUACGCUUUGAUCCGGAGUUAUUUUUACUGUAUUUUGUAUUGUUUUGUUAUUUUAAAGUUGUAUGAUUGGUUAAAAAAAUAAAGAUGAGUGCUAAAAUGCAUCCCCACUGUGGUCGUAGAAACGA